UCAUGUUGUAUUGUAUCCAAAUACAGACAUUAUUACAAUAUCAUGUUACUUCUCUUUCACUCCACUCUUUUCAUUAACAAAAUCAAUCAUCUUUUUGGCGCCAAAUGGACCCCACCAAAUUAAAAUCUCAUCUUCCCCAUAGUAUUGAUAUUUCUCUUCAUAAAUAAAUACAAACCUACUUCACUUUCUCAAUCCUCAUCCUCAUAUUCAACUGAACUCAACUGAACUCACCGUACCGUACUUAACUCUAACCAACACAACCCAAAACGGCGUCGUACUUCAAAUUCUAAAUGCAAAUUAUUCUUUUCUCCUUCUUCAUCCUCCUUUUCUUUUUUCAUCCCGUCGUUUCUCUCUCCUCCGACGGCCUCGCUCUUCUAACACUCAAAUCCGCCGUCGACGGCGGUGACACCGCAACUACAUUCUCCGACUGGAACGAAAACGACCUUACACCCUGUCACUGGUCCGGCAUUAGCUGCUCCAACAUCUCCGGGGAGCCUGACUCCCGUGUCGUCGGUAUUGGACUCGCCGGAAAAGGUCUCCGUGGUUAUCUCCCGUCGGAGCUCGGAAACCUUAUCUACCUCCGUCGUCUUAGCCUCCAUACUAACCUCUUCCAUGGCUCCAUUCCCGUUCAGCUCUUCAAUGCUAGUUCCCUUCACAGCAUCUUCCUCCAUGGAAACAAUCUCUCCGGUAAUCUCUCCCCGUCGGCGUGUAACCUUCCUCGUCUUCAAAAUCUUGACCUCUCUGACAAUUCACUCGCCGGAAACAUUCCUCAGUCGAUCGGAAACUGUUCACAGCUUCAGAGACUGAUUCUCGCGAGGAAUAAUUUCUCCGGUUACAUUCCGGUGACGCCAUGGAAGAAGCUGAAGAAUCUCGUUCAGUUAGACUUAUCAGCAAAUGUUCUAGAAGGUUCAAUUCCAGAACAAAUCGGUGAGUUAAACUCACUCACCGGAACGCUAAACCUCUCGUUUAAUCAUUUAACCGGUAAAGUUCCGAAGUCUCUAGGAAAAUUGCCGGUGACGGUUAGUUUUGAUCUUCGGAGCAAUGAUCUAAGCGGUGAAAUUCCUCAAACCGGGUCGUUUUCGAAUCAAGGACCGACGGCGUUUCUGAAUAAUCCGAAACUAUGUGGGUUUCCUCUGCAGAAAGAUUGUACCGGUUCAGCAUCGAGUGAACCAGGAGCUAGUCCUGGUUCAACUCGACAACGCAUGAACCGGUCAAAGAAAGGAUUGAGUCCUGGUUUGAUUAUUAUUAUAACAGUGGCUGAUGCUGCUGCUGUGGCAUUGAUUGGUCUUGUUGUUGUGUAUGUGUAUUGGAAGAAAAAGGAUAAGAAUAAUGGAUGUAGUUGUACUUUGAAGAGAAAAUUUGGUGGUAAUGGAAGCAACGAAAGAUCGAAUUCGUGUUGUUUGUGUUUGGCUUUAGGUUGUGUAAAAGGGUUUAAGAGUGAUGAUUCAGAGAUGGAAGAGAGUGAGAAAGGAGGAAGAGAGGGAAAUGGGAGAGGGGAAGGUGAAGGAGAAGGUGAAUUGGUGGCAAUUGAUAAAGGUUUUAGCUUUGAACUUGAUGAAUUGUUAAGGGCUUCUGCAUAUGUGUUAGGGAAAAGUGGGUUAGGGAUUGUGUAUAAGGUAGUGCUUGGGAAUGGGGUACCUGUAGCUGUGAGGAGAUUGGGGGAAGGUGGUGAACAAAGGUAUAAGGAAUUUGCUACUGAAGUUCAAGCAAUUGGGAAAGUGAAACAUCCUAAUAUUGUUAAGUUAAGAGCUUAUUAUUGGGCUCAUGAUGAAAAGCUUUUGAUUAGUGAUUUUGUUUCUAAUGGCAAUUUGGCUAAUGCUCUUAGAGGGAGAAAUGGCCAACCAUCUCCAAAUCUUUCAUGGUCAAUUAGGCUGAGAAUAGCCAAAGGAACGGCCAGAGGUUUAGCUUAUCUCCAUGAAUGCAGUCCAAGAAAAUUUGUUCACGGCGACCUCAAACCCUCUAAUAUCCUCCUCGACACAGACUUCCAACCCCUCAUUUCUGAUUUCGGUCUAAACCGGCUAAUCAGCAUUACCGGCAACAAUCCCUCGACCGGCGGUUUUAUGGGUGGAGCUCUUCCUUACAUGAAGUCAUCGCAAACAGAACGAACCAACAACUAUAAAGCUCCUGAAGCUAAAGUACCAGGCUGCAGACCCACCCAAAAAUGGGAUGUGUAUUCAUUUGGUGUUGUGUUACUUGAAUUGCUCACCGGUAAGUCCCCAGAUUCUUCCCCAGGAGCAUCGACUUCUGUCGAAGUGCCUGACUUGGUAAGGUGGGUAAAGAAAGGGUUUGAACAAGAAAGCCCUUUAUCUGAAAUGGUUGAUCCAUCACUUCUUCAAGAAAUUCAUGCCAAGAAAGAAGUACUAGCUGUGUUUCAUGUAGCACUAUCAUGCACAGAGGGAGACCCUGAAGUCAGGCCUAGAAUGAAAACUGUGUCCGACAAUCUUGAAAGAAUUUGAACAUAAUAUUCUGAUGUUUACCAGCUGAAAGUAGUGAACAUGAGACUGGAAAGGAACAUGCAUUUCAGUUCCAUGAUGCAUUUUUGUGAUGACAUUUAGAAGAUUUUCUUGUGGGGGCAUCAAGAUGGGGUUUCAAUUUGCAAAUACUUUCUUUCCUAUCUGGAAUUUGUCCCUUUAGCUUCUGUUUUGAAGUCAGCAAUUUUUUGACAAAGGUCAUCAUCAUCACAAGUCUCACCUUAUCUUCGAAUGACCAAGAAAUUUAAUAAAUUAUGUUUAAACUUUGUUGCAAUCUCAUUCACUCCAGAAUCUGAUCACAAGGAUUCACAUUAGCCAGUGUUAUUGUUACUUAAUUGGAAAAUUCAUAUGUAAUAUGGUGUAUAAGAAAUUUUAUUCAAUGUCUCCAUUAUCAAUGAUAACUAGUUUUACAAGUUCUUCUCUA